GCGUACGAAGUUACUAAAGUACUAGUGUUAGAGUAUAGGAUACCUAAAGAGUUUAUUACUAAUUAUGAUAAACUGUUUACGUCUAAAUACUGGAGUAUAUUCCUAGUAAAGUUAGGUGUUAAGAAGAAGCUUUUAAUAAGCUUUUAUCUGGAAAUAGAUAGCUAG